GGUAGCCAAGUCAUCUGCGACAUGAACUUGCUAUUAAUGUAGAACGCGGUGCCAACAUCCCGAAACUGUGGAACAUGUCAGCGUUCCCGCUCGAUGCGGUGGGUUCUCUGAGCUUUUGAAAGUGUCCUAGGGUUGCCUACUGCAUGUCGAGGUUUCGCAGUCUCGUGGUAGCUUUCGAGAAUUCGCGCUCGAGUGUGAAAACGUGUCCAGGAUUGGGGUAGAAUUCAUCCUUCAUCGUCAGUAAUCGGUUAUUUUGAUACUCAGCUAUGCCGUCGGUCGAGCGUCGGAAGGAAAGGGAGUUCUGAACCUGAUUCGGUGAAUUGGCUGAAAGAAAGUUGGGAGUGUGGUGAAGCGCUAUUUUGAAUGUGGAGAGAGAGGUCAAAAGGCACUCGGAGACCUUCUCAAGGGCCGGAGAGAUUGUCGAGGAUGAGCUUUGCCUUGUUCUCCUCACUUGGAAUAUUGAAAGAGCCACAAUUUUUAGGUGCCAACAUAUUUUCUCCUCGUGAGCUGUUUUUUUUCCUCGAUUUGUGGUGAUUCUCUGGCCUUGAGACCUUCUAGACACUCUCCCACAUGAGCCGCGUGAGUCUGUCGGUUGUCGCUCAGGAGUUGGAGGGUCUCACAGACGAUGAGAGGCGGGCCCUUCGAGCUAGCAGAUUCCACUCAACUCCAACCUCUCCUCCUCCUCCAGAUAGGCGCUCUAGGUUGGCCCAUCCAGGAGGUGCUUUGGCCACAAAUAAAGCAGCUGCCCUUGCUAAGUUUUUGAAAAGGAAGCUAGAGGAGCCUGGCGGUGCUGCAACAUUGAAUCCAAGUUUGGUGGAGCGUGCAGUGCAGAAUGCGAAGAUUACAACCCGUUCUGUAGCACUUCCGAAGGUGCGGCAUGUGGACUCCUUCUCAGAUGCAGAAGAGGACCCGCACGAGGAGAGCAAUGGGAACAAAGUCCACCCAGGUUGUGAAGUCGGUGCAUCUAAUAGCAAGAAGAAGAAGAAGAAAUCUAAGGCCCAGAACCUGCUAAAACCUGCCGUCACAAAAGAAGUGAAGACAAAAGGUAAUGAGAAGAAAAAGAAAAUGUAGAAUCACUUUGUGCGUCCUAAGGUCUCUUAACCUAUCGGGUCGAGCACUACGUGCCUCUUCGGUCGCAUUUGUUGAGCUGACCGAGACAGGGAAGUUGUUCAAAUUAGUACUGAGGAUGAUAUGCUUCGGCGUCCAGUGAAAAAAUUGAAGACCGUAAAGAUCCCAAGUUCUCAAUUCAUUAGUGGGCGAUCGUCUUAACGCCCUGUAGUUCCAGCUCUCUUUGAGGCGCUCAUGCUCUCGCAAGGUUUUCUGGAUACGACCCAAUCUGUUGUAUAAAAUGGAGCUGGAAGAUUGACAGCGACAAGUGCUUUCAGUGAAUCCUGCUCGUCCAAGUUAGUAGAUAUCUCGACAAGCCGAUUGUUGCAGCGACAUUCUCAUCAGGCUUCUCUUGUCACGAGUCACAGCCUCUUUCCGCAUGUAAGCACAUCGUAUGUGAUUCUUCUGAAGAACGUCGCACUCUUUCUGAACGUCUCAUCCAACUAUGCCGGAUACUGGAGUGUAUGUUGUGUCGAAAGACAAUGAAGUGUCUCGUCCCUGUGGAGAUCAGGGAGUCUGUAGAGGGGACCCGACAAAGAAAAUCUGUCCAGGUCGUCCAAGUUUCUGUUUUCAUGAAUGCAUAAAGGCUUACGGAUUUGGAUUGUAAUCCGCCGUGGCCAACUUUUC